GCUGGAGGUGAAGGACCGCCUGUGCCCUCUACGCGUCGGGCAGUCAAUGGCUUUCUGGACCUAUUUUAUUUGAAUGCCCGGGGCCGUUUUUGAGUGACCGCGACCAUGGAUAUUCUAUGGAUAUUCUGGACUUUGCCGGUCGUAAUAGCUGUUGAAGAGACGCUCAUGGACUCCACCACAGCUACAGCCGAGCUCGGCUGGACCGUCUAUCCGGUGUCGGGAUCCAGUGACAACAGCUGGGAGGAGGUGAGCGGUUACGACGAAAACAUGAACACCAUUCGGACCUACCAGGUGUGCAACGUUUUUGACAACAACCAGAACAACUGGGUACGCACAAAGUACAUCCGGCGGCGUGGCGCACAGAGGAUUCACGUGGAAAUGAAGUUCUCGGUGAGGGACUGCAGCAGCAUCCCCAACGUUCCCGGCUCCUGCAAAGAGACGUUCAACCUCUAUUACUAUGAGUCGGAUGCUGACACGGCCACCAGGACCUCGCCGGCCUGGAUGGAGAACCCCUGGAUCAAGGUGGACACCAUAGCGGCCGACGAGAGCUUUUCCCAGGUGGACCUCGGCGGCAGGGUGAUGAAGAUCAACACCGAGGUCCGCAGCUUCGGCCCCGUCUCGAGAAACGGCUUCUACCUGGCCUUCCAGGACUACGGCGGCUGCAUGUCUCUCAUAGCCGUCCGCGUCUUCUACCGGAAGUGCGCUCGCAUCAUCACCAACGGGGCACUGUUUCAAGAGACUCUGUCCGGGGCGGAGAGCACGUCGCUGGUGGCGGCGCGGGGGGUUUGCAUUCCCAACGCAGAGGAAGUGGACGUGCCCAUUAAGCUGUAUUGCAACGGUGACGGAGAAUGGAUGGUACCCAUCGGACGUUGCAUGUGCAAGGCUGGCAAUGAGGCAUCACAGAACGGGACCAUAUGUCGAGCGUGCCCAUCAGGAUUCUUCAAGCCCACUCAAGGCGACGAGUCAUGCAGGCAGUGUCCCAUUAACAGCCGCACCACCAGCGAGGGAGCCAUAAACUGCGUCUGCCGCAAUGGCUACUACCGCACCGACUCGGAUCCCUUACAGAUGCCCUGCACGACGGUCCCUUCGGCUCCGCAAAACGUCAUCUCCAGUGUGAACGAGACUUCAGUCAUGCUGGAGUGGAUGAGCCCCCGGGAUUCGGGCGGCCGCGAGGACGUCGUCUUCAACAUCAUCUGCAAGAGUUGCGGCGGUGGCCGCGGAGGCUGCACACGCUGCGGCGACAAUGUCCAGUUCCUGCCUCGCCAGCUGGGUCUGACGGAGCCGCGGGUGUACAUCAGCGACCUGCUGGCCCACACGCAGUACACAUUCGAGGUGCAGGCAGUCAACGGCGUGUCGGACCAAAGCCCCUACUCACCGCAAUACUCGUCGGUCAACAUCACCACCAACCAGGCUGCGCCGUCAACAGUGUCCAUCAUGCACCAAGUGAGUCGCAGUGUAGACAGCAUCACUCUCUCCUGGUCCCAGCCAGACCAGCCCAAUGGAGUCAUCCUGGACUAUGAGCUGCAGUACUAUGAAAAGGACCAGUCAGAGUACAACGCUACUGUCGUGCGGAGCCAGACCAACACGGCGGUCGUCCGAGGCCUCAAGUCAGGCAGCAUCUAUGUAUUCCAGGUGCGAGCACGCACCGUCGCCGGCUUUGGACGCUACAGCGGCAAACUGUACUUCCAGACCAUGACAGAAGCCGAAUACAACAGCAGCAUUCGUGAGAAGCUGCCCCUCAUCAUCGGCUCGGCAGCAGCGGGCCUUGUCUUCCUCAUCGCUGUGGUUGUCAUCGUCAUCGUGUGCAAUCGGAGGCGUGGCUUUGACAGGGCCGAUUCCGAGUACACAGACAAGCUGCAGCACUACACCAGUGGCCACAUGACUCCAGGAAUGAAGAUCUAUAUUGAUCCGUUCACAUAUGAGGACCCCAAUGAGGCCGUGCGGGAGUUUGCCAAGGAAAUUGAUAUAUCCUGCGUGAAGAUUGAGCAGGUCAUCGGUGCAGGGGAGUUCGGCGAGGUGUGCAGUGGCAACUUGAGGCUGCCUGGCAAGCGGGAGAUGUUUGUGGCCAUCAAAACCCUGAAGACGGGCUACACGCAGAAGCAGCGGAGGGACUUUCUCAGUGAGGCCAGCAUCAUGGGCCAAUUCGACCAUCCCAAUGUAAUCCGCUUGGAGGGCGUGGUCACCAAGAGCAGUCCUGUGAUGAUCGUCACCGAGUUCAUGGAGAAUGGAUCUCUAGACUCCUUCCUCAGGCAAAACGACGGCCAGUUCACUGUGAUCCAGCUGGUGGGAAUGCUGCGGGGCAUUGCCUCGGGUAUGAAGUACCUGGCCGACAUGAACUAUGUGCACCGCGACCUGGCCGCCCGCAACAUCCUCGUCAACAGCAACCUGGUGUGCAAGGUGUCCGACUUUGGCCUCUCGCGCUUCCUGGAAGACGACACGUCCGACCCUACCUACACCAGCGCUCUGGGGGGGAAGAUCCCGAUCCGAUGGACUGCGCCCGAAGCUAUCCAGUACAGGAAGUUCACCUCGGCCAGCGACGUGUGGAGCUACGGGAUCGUCAUGUGGGAAGUCAUGUCGUAUGGAGAGAGGCCCUACUGGGACAUGACCAAUCAAGAUGUCAUCAACGCCAUUGAGCAGGACUACCGGCUGCCACCCCCUAUGGACUGUCCCAGCGCCCUGCACCAGCUGAUGCUGGACUGCUGGCAGAAGGAUCGCAACAACCGGCCUAAAUUCAGCCAGAUCGUCAACAACCUGGACAAGAUGAUUCGUAAUCCCAAUACCUUGAAGGCCAUGACUCCGUUAUCCUCAGGUGUGCAUCUGCCCCUGCUGGACCGCAGCAUCCCGGACUUCUCCAGCUUCAGCACAGUGGACGAGUGGCUGGACGCCAUCAAGAUGGGCCAGUAUAAGGACAACUUUGCCAAUUCGGACUUCACUACUUUUGACGUGGUGUCCCAGAUGACCAUGGAUGACAUCCUCCGGGUGGGCGUGACAUUAGCGGGCCAUCAGAAGAAGAUCCUCAACAGUGUCCAGAUGAUGCGAGCCCAGAUGAACCAGAUCCAGUCUGUGGAGGUCUGACCUUCACCAAUGCAGAGCAGCGGUCCGGGGAGGGCCGGCCGGGGCACUCCGGAGGGGGGGGGCACUCCCUACCUCUCCCCGGCGGGCGCCGAGGACGGAGUGGAUGCUUUUUGGUUGUGACCCCACCCCUUCCUCGACACUUCCCCUUCCCUCACCCAAUUCUUCCUUACUCCCCCGUCACCAUCCAUCCACAAGCUGUUCUGCAACGCAGAACCACAGGAGCCCUAAAAUGAAGUGACCAGCAACACUUAUUUUUCUUCUUCCACCGCUUUUCAUUGAUGCUUUUGGUUUGGUCAUAAUUUUGUAAAGAAUUUUGUAAGCAAAAAAAAAAAAAA